GUUCAUCUGACCUUCAUCAACUCUGGGAUCAACCUGAUGGAAGAAACACAAACAUCUAUGCAGAAUGAACCAAAGUCUCUCCAUCAGACAGCUGUAGACCGGGCCUUACAGAGUCCAAAUGGACACCUGGACUUGUUCCUCCGCUUCCUCCUGGGACUUUCACUGCAGACCAAUCAGAGACUCCUAAAAGGUCUGCUGACACAGACAGGAAGUAGCUCCCAGACCAAUCAGAAAACAGUUCAGUACAUCAAGAAGAAGAUUAGUGAGAAUGUGUCUGCAGAGAAAAGCAUCAAUCUGUUCCACUGUCUGAAUGAACUGAAGGAUCGUUCUCUGGUGCAGGAGAUCCAACGGUCUCUGAGUUCAAGGCGUCUCUCUAAAUAUAAACUGUCUCCUGCUCAGUGGUCAGCUCUGGGUUUCAUCUUAGUCACAUCAGGAAAAGAUCUGGAUGUUUUUGAGCUGAAGAAAUACUUAGCUUCAGAGGAGGUUCUUCUGAGGCUGCUGCCAGUGGUUAAAGCCUCCAACAAAGCUCUGCUGAGUUACUGCAACCUCUCAGAGAGAAGCUGUGCGGCUCUGUCUUCAAUUCUCAGCUCCCAGUCCUCCAGUCUCAGAGAACUGGACCUGAGUAACAACAACCUGAAGGAUUCAGGAGUGAAGCUUCUAUCUGCUGGAUUGAAGAGUCCAAACUGCAAACUGGAAACUCUCAGGUUGUCAGGCUGUCUGAUCUCAGAGGAAGGCUGUGCUUCUCUGGCCUCAGCUCUAAGCUCCAACCCCUCCUAUCUGAAAGAGUUGGACCUGAGCUACAAUAAUCCAGGAGGAGGAACAAGGAAGCUGCUGUCGGCAGGACUAAAGGAUCAAGAAUGGAGCCUAGAAGAUCUCAGGGUGGAGCCUGCUGGAGAACGAUGGUUAAAACCAGGUCUGAGGAAGUAUUCCCGUCAGCUCAGGAUUGACACAAAGACAGUGAAUAGAAGCCUGGAACUGUCUGAAGACAACAGGAAGGUGGAACUCGUUGAGGACGAGGAUGAGUCCGAUCAUGAUCAUUCAGACAGAUUUGAUAAACCUAAGCUGCUGUGUAAGGAUGAUCUGACUGGUCGCUGUUACUGGGAGGUAGAGUGGAAAGGAGAUAUUGAGAUAUCAGUGAGUUGCAGAAAAAUCAGAAGGAGAGCAGAAAGUGAUGACUGUAGGUUUGGAUGGAAUAAUCAGUCCUGGAGUCUGAGAUGCUCUGAUGAUGAUGAUGGAGGUGGUUAUUCUGUCUGGCACAAUAACAUAGAAACGUCUAUUUCUUCCUCCUCCACUUCCUCCUCUGUCUCUAACAGAGUAGGAGUCUAUUUGGACUGUCCUGCUGGCAUUCUGUCCUUCUACAGAGUCUCCUUAAACUCACUGAUCCACCUCCACACCUUCAACACCAAAUUCACUGAACAUCUGUAUCCUGGGUUUGGGUUCUGGUGGUCCGACUCUGGUUCCUCGGUGACUUUGUGCUGACUUUAAUCUAAAGAGUCUCCUGCUUUCAGAGAAAAUCUCUCCCUGUUGAACAGAUAGUUCUGUUUUUCUAUCUCUACCUGUUUCCCUCAGCAACAUAUUUUCAAUUCAGUUUAUUUCUAUAGCUCCAAUUCACAUCAUGUCAUCUCAGGUCACUUUCCAGUUCACCAGAUCAUCCAGUCAGAUUG